CAAGUCCACACAGCACCUGCAAGGAGCACCGGCAGGAGGCCGAGGGCUGAAUCAAUGCGUAAGCCAGGGGGCAUUGGCCCCGCAAAAGGCUACUGUGAAGCUGCCUGUUGCAGCUUAGACAUUCACAACAUGCCUUAUUCUACACGGAUCGUUUUGUUCCUGUUUUGCCUGAUGCUUCUUGUGGAGAGCAGGAAGCCCAGGAAGAAGAGAUGGACAGGACAGCUGGAAGUGUCCAAGCCCAGUAACUUGUACAAAAAGAGCCUUGACGUGACCAAACUCCGAGCAGGAAAACCUCAGCCUCUCCUCAGAGUGGAUGAUCACGACUUCACCAUGAGGCCGGCCUUUGGAGGCCCUGCCAUCCCGGUGGGCGUGGACGUACAGGUGGAGAGUCUGGACAGCAUCUCUGAGGUGGACAUGGACUUCACCAUGACGCUGUACCUGCGGCAUUACUGGAAGGACGAGAGGCUGGCCUUCCCUAGCACCAGCAACAAGAGCAUGACAUUCGAUGGCCGGCUGGUGAAGAAGAUCUGGGUCCCUGAUGUCUUUUUUGUUCACUCCAAAAGGUCAUUCACUCAUGACACCACCACUGACAACAUCAUGCUAAGGGUAUUCCCAGAUGGCCACGUGCUGUACAGCAUGAGGAUUACAGUCACAGCCAUGUGCAACAUGGACUUCAGCCACUUUCCUUUGGACUCCCAGACCUGCUCUUUGGAGCUGGAGAGCUAUGCAUAUACAGAUGAAGACUUAAUGCUGUAUUGGAAGAACGGUGAUGAAUCCCUGAAAACAGAUGAGAAGAUCUCCUUGUCCCAGUUUCUGAUUCAGAAAUUUCACACGACUUCCAGACUGGCCUUCUACAGCAGCACUGGUUGGUAUAACCGACUUUACAUUAACUUUACCUUACAUCGCCACAUCUUCUUCUUCUUGCUCCAAACAUAUUUCCCUGCCACCCUGAUGGUCAUGCUGUCCUGGGUGUCCUUCUGGAUCGACCACAGAGCUGUGCCAGCCAGAGUAUCAUUGGGAAUCAUGACGGUGCUGACCAUGUCCACCAUCAUCACGGGAGUAAACAGCUCCAUGCCCCGCGUGUCCUACAUCAAGGCCGUGGACAUCUACCUGUGGGUCAGCUUCGUGUUUGUGUUCCUUUCGGUGCUGGAAUACGCAGCCGUCAACUACCUGACCACCGUGCAGGAGUGGAAGGAACGGAAGCUGCGGGAAAAGUUCCCAUGCAUGUGUGGAAUGCUUCAUUCAAGAACCAUGAUGCUGGAUGGAAGCUACAGUGAGUCUGAAGCCAACAGCCUGGCCGGGUACCCAAGAAGCCAUAUUCUGCCAGAAGAGGAAAGGCAAGACAAAAUAGUGGUUCACCUGGCCCUGAGCAGUGAGUCCAGCUCCUCCCGGAAGAAGGGGCUUCUCAAGGGCCAGAUGGGGCUUCGCCUCUUCCAGAACACCCAUGCCAUCGAUAAAUACUCCAGGUUGAUAUUUCCUGCCUUCUACAUAUUUUUCAACUUAAUCUAUUGGUCAGUGUUUUCCUAGGGGCUCCCAGGCUGGGCUCCGGAGAGGAC